AUGCAGCUCACCAAAAUCUUUGCUCUGGGCGCCGGCCUGGCUACCACGGCCUCUGCCUUUGUGAUCCCCGCCGACAACCUUGCGGUCGCACCCACUCCCUGCAUCUCGUCCAAUGAUGCUAACACGUGCACCCUGUCCAUCUUCACCGACCGCUUGAUGAACAGGCGUCUCAUGGGACUCUGGAACUACAAAUGCGAGCACAUUGGUCGCGUCGGCACCGAGGAAGACUGGGCUACCUUCUACGGCCAGUGGAGCAUCGGCGGCCGUGGCCUCAAGUGGACUGCCGAGUUGACCAUCGACGGCGACAGAAGUGGCCAGGCCCUUGGCGGCAUCUGGUAUGCUGGUCGCUACACCAACCUGGACAGCGGAGCCCGUUACGACUGCAAUGACGACAACAGGGACUCUGAGUGCACUCGCGUCCGUUUCGAUUGCAGCUGA